CGGGCGGGCGGUCUGAGGAGAAGCGCUGAAGGUGGGAAUGUUUACCUGCGGUAACGCUUGUGUGUAGACACUGGGCUUCGCCGCGAAGGUCCGGCAGAGCAGCGCCGGUCACCAUUGCGAAGCCGUCUCCAUUGGCAGCCAAAGGAGAGAGGUUUAACCCGCGCCGAGUACCGGCGAUAAGACUCACAGCCCCGUGUUUGUUAUCGAGGACAAAGCUCAUCAGAGAGGAAAUGAUGCACUGACCCCAAGAAAGGUGACCAGAGCGGUCAAAGAGGUAGAUUAUUGUGCUGCUUUUGAAGACCAAUAAGGGGUGGGGUAUCAUCAGCCAUUGAUGGCUUAAUUUUGUGUAUUCAAAAGUGGCUGACUUGAUCUACCUGCUGUAAUUCAUUACUGUACCAAUGGAUGGAGUAGCAGAUUGCACUAAGUGAGUGGAGCAAUGAUGGCCUCAGUUGAAAAUCCAAACUUUGAAAUUCAGUCAACUGGAGAUCCGAAUGACAACAAUUCUUCCUUUUCUGGAAUUCCUUACAUCAAAGUAGAACCACGUACUGACCUAAAUGAAGAAGAUGGUUCCUCUCAGAAUGUUGCCAUGGGAAUGAAAUUUGUCCUGCCCAAUAGGUUUGAUAUGAACGUGUGCUCUCGAUUUGUAAAGUCGCUGAAUGAAGAGGACAGUAAAAACAUUCAGGAUCAGGUAAACUCUGACCUAGAAGUGGCUUCUGUAUUAUUCAAAGCUGAGUGCAACAUCCACACGUCUCCUUCUCCUGGAAUUCAAGUUAGACACGUCUACACGCCAUCUAUAACCAAACAUUUCUCACCUGUUAAGCAGUCAACCACUCUAACCAAUAAGCAUCGUGGAAAUGAGGUCUCAGCAACACCUUUACUCUUGCACUCACUCUCUGUACAUCAGUUGGCAGCGCAAGGAGAGCUGCUUUUUUUGGCAAGCCGUAUAGAACAAGAUAAUCUGAUAAAUAUGCAAGAUGAGCAAGGCUUUACUCCACUGAUGUGGGCAGCAGCUCAUGGACAGAUUGCAGUGGUGGAGUUUCUGCUACAGAAUGGAGGUGAUCCGCAUCUUUUAGCAAAUGGAAGAGAGAGUGCACUGUCACUGGCCAGCAGUAAGGGUUAUGCAGACAUUGUCAAAAUGCUACUCAACCAUGGAUGUGAUGUAAAUGAGUAUGACUGGAAUGGAGGGACCCCUUUGCUGUAUGGUGUACAUGGGAAUCAUGUAAAGUGUGUGGAGACCCUGCUGGAAUAUGGUGCUGACCCAACUGCUGAAACCGAUUCAGGAUUCAAUGCGAUGGAUAUGGCUGUAAACUUAGGUUUUAAAAAUGUUCAGCAGGUUAUUGAGGCCCAUUUACUGAAGUUGUUGUUGAAUAUUAAGGAGUGAAUGACUGAUCCUGAUAUCUGCGUCAUGGAAAAAGCAAAGCACAAGUGAAUAUCAGACUGGGAACAACUGCAUCAUUGAUACAAGGGUGUUUCAAAAAUUCCUGGAGAUGGACUCUGCCACAUUUUAAACAGCAACGGCAUUCUGCACCAGGUCUGAAAUAAUUUUGGAAUAUUCUAUUUCCCUCACUGUUUAAUAUUUCAUUUUGUGGUUGAUCCAAGCUGUCCUCGUUAUCACCCACGGCUUAUAUGUCUCCCGUCUAUCCAUCACGGACAAGGCCAUCUCAGACCAUUUCCUCGUCUCCCUCUUCUCUCGCAGCCCUCUCCCCUCCAUCAAUCCCUCCGCCAUCCUUUUCCACCUAUGGAAAAGGCUUCCUCCCAAGACCCUCACAAAUACCCUCUCAUCCACAGACCUCUUUUCCCUUUGGCCUUGCAACCCUGAUGCAGCUGUUCACCAUCGGCGGCCGUGCCUUUAGCCACUACGCUCUGAAGCUAUGGAACCCCCUCCCUCAAUCCCCUCACCUUGCCCUCUGUUUCCCCAUUUUCAUGUUGCACCUGAAGACUUUCCUCUUCAACUGUGCCUAUGGUCACCUUCCCCCUCCCCCUGGCUCAGCAUCGGGCUCCACCAUUGUUAAGCGCUCUGGGACACCGCCCAGCGUGAAGGGCUCUAUAUAAAUGCAAGUUGUUGUUGUCCUUGAUAGCCAUAUAAAAAGUGUAUGGACUAGAAAGAACUUUUUGUAUUGUUUCACUGUUAAUAAGUGUCGUUUUAGAGUAUUUUGUGAGGAAACUACAGGAUAUUGUCUGUAAUAUGCUUUUAAGGAAUAUUAUUUUAUAUUAAAAAUGGUCUGUAAAAUUAAACAUAUCCCUCAGGCCUUGCAAGAUUAUCUUGGGGGUGGGGCGGGGGAUAAAAUGGUGGGAGAUAUUGAAGCAUUACUUGAAAAUCUUUGUUCUUAGGUUUGUGGUAAUGUGCUGUAAUAACCUAAUGCACAAAUAGCAAGGUUCUGCAUUUAAGUUUAUGAGUUUAACUCUAUGUUUAAAAAAAAGUUUGUGCAUUGUUCAUUAUGGAUUGAAAUGAAAAAUGUAACAUCUGAGACUGAUUAUUUAUUUUACUGUAAUAAGUGAAGGAAACCUAGUCAAAUGGAUUUGUUGCUAAAAUAAAGUGUAUUAACACCUGGAGUUCUCAAUUUAUUAACA